AUGACCAAAACCCUCGAACGAUACCAACAUUCCUGCUUCAAUCCUGAGGAAAACAGCACUGAACGUGAAGCACAGAGCUGGUAUCAGGAAGUCACAAAACUCAAGGCUAAAUAUGAAUCCCUUCUGCGCACUCAAAGGCAAUUGCUCGGGGAAGAUCUCGGACCACUGAAUGUGAAGGAGUUGCAAAAUCUUGAAAAACAACUUGAAGGAGCUCUUGCACAGGCCAGGCAAAGGAAGACACAGCUUAUGAUUGAGCAAAUGGAGGACCUGCGCAAAAAGGAGCGUCACCUUGGAGAUCUUAACAAGCAGCUGAGGGUCAAGCUGGAGACAGAAGGACAAAAUCUUAAAGCCAUCCAAAACAUGUGGAGCUCGAAUGCAGCAGCUGGAAGUAGCAGCUUUUCUUUCCAUUCUUCCCAAACCAACCCCAUGGACUGCCAACCUCAUGAACCUGUCUUGCAAAUAGGUUACCAUCAAUAUCUUCCUGCUGAGGGGCCUUCAAUGCCGAAGAGCAUGGCUUGUGAGACCAACUUCAUCCAGGGAUGGGUUCUUUGA